UUUUGUUCUAAAAUAGCAGAUUCAAUUUUAUUACAAAGUAAAAAUGUCUCAAUAAAGUGCAAAAUCAAAAAUUGUCAGUAAUUUAAUUGAAAAUUCUUGAAGGAGAUCAAAUUUAUUACUGGUGUAACGGCAUUCGAAAUAACCAAAAUAUUAGAACGGAUCGCAGUUUAUGAAUGUUGCCAACUUUGAUAAGGGAACAAAACAGUCGCUAAUGGAAAACGAAUAUUUAGCCAAUUGCCAACUCUGAACAUCCGACGAUUGUUUUGGACGCCUGUUAUUAGGAGAAAUAGACCAUUCGCUAUGGGACCAGUGUAUCUUUUAAUUAAAUCAAAACAAAGAAGGGAAGACCAAGCUAAUUUGGCUUAAAAUCAAGCAAUUCACGCAGUACAAGCAUAUUACAACUUUUAUGACCACAUUUAUGUUAAAAGUAUAAAUAAUUGCUUCAAAAUUUAAGUCCAUAUAAAUUCUCUGCAAGUGGAUCUUGGUGCUUUACCGAUUGCGCGGUUGUCAGCUUCACACGUAUGCAAACAACAAACAGAUUAGUACAGGCAAUAAAACAAUGUUGUUGUAAAAAAUCAGCAGUAAAUACAAUACAUAUAUAUGUAUAUAUAAUUCACUAGUUUUGGCUGCAACAUGUAUUGUUUUUUUUUGUUUUGUUUUUUAACUAUGGCAAUGUGUAUUCACAGGCAACACAGCUAGCAAUGCAGUGCGUUUUGAAGGGAAAGGAGAAUGUGGAGAAAGAUGGAAGCAAAGUACAUAGUAUACCAAGUAGUAUCAACUAGAGUACAUGAGCGAAAAGGUGAAUGCAAGUAGUCACAGUUUUAUAAUGUGCGAACAAUGGAAGGAAAUGCGGCCACAAUAACAAUUUAUGAAAUUUUAACAGCGACGAAUUGAUGCAAUCAACAAAAUAACCAAAAUAAAAACCAAAUUUCGAGCAUUUAAAAAUUUGUGAUUUUGUAAGAUUCAGCGAUGCAUAUAAAUUUAUAUGAAACCCAAGACGUUCUGUGCGAACGAUUGACGUGGAAUCAUUCAGUUGCAACGGCAUUUAAUGAGUAUAAAAGCUUCCUGAAAACAAUGGUGGAGCAUCAGUAAGACACUGGUAUUUUCUAAAGCAAACAUUUUGAAAGAUUGUGCGACAUAACAAUGUUCAAAUUGUUGCCACUACUACUAAGCACUUGCAUUGUGUGCAGUGUUGCCUCACCGGAGCCGGACGGUCUGUAUAACAUCAUCAGCAGCGGCAGCGGCGUAGCCAUUAAGCCAUCCCAGACAAUAUCCUUGACAGCCAAAUAUCCACAGCAGUCGCAGCAACAGUUACAAUCGAACGCUGUUACAUCGGGUGAAGACGAGGAGAACAACGACGUGACGGGCCCCGCAACAAGAGAGCGGGAAUCAGUAGCGCCCGCAUCAGUCACAGCAAUUGCCAAUUCUGCACCAGUUUCAGGUACUAUAGCUCCUGCAUCAUCCUCCCUAGCUCGCCUAAAAGCCGUCGCUUCUGCUGGUUCGGCUUCUGCAUCGGCGUCUGCAUCGCGUUCAUCCUUGCGUGUCUCCUCUUCGAUAAAGUUACCGUCAGGCAGCAGCUCCACAGCAGCCGUCCAACAUCACAUCUUACCCGCAGAGACCCUUCCGCUGCCCAUUACCAUCUCAACACGUCCUGGUUUACGAACUGUUAUCGCACCGGAAACAAUAACCAUUCACGAGCCGACUCUUGCUAAGGUGGGUGAAGUGGUGCAGAAAAUACCAACCGCCGUGUCGCAUCAGAGUCAGACGGUGGUGCACAAGCAUGCGCGUGUGGUCACACCCAUUGUGGCACCCGCAGUGCGUACAAUCACGUCACAAGUGUUGCGCGCCUAUCACACACCGCUCAUCUUUGCACCUGAAACCACUGUCCUCCGUUCAGGUAAUGCAAAGGCGAGUGCAAGCGCCAGCGCCAGCGUCACUUCGAAUGCAAACACCGCCAGCAGCAGUGUCAACUACAAAUACAAACAAUGAGGCAAUGGAUGCUCUCAUCACUGAUCUAGCAAUUAUUUACUUUAAAAUCUUUUGAAACUGCUUACUGUGUUCCAGGCUGAUAAUAUUAUAAGAAAUUUACUUAGAAAUUGAAAAUUCAAAAUUAGAUUUCGCACAUGUUUUUUGGCUUCAACAUUUUCGUUAAGUUGAUCAUUUUUGGAAUAACAAAAUUAAACUCUA